UGCGCUAACUUUCAGUUCGGUAAACAUAACAAGGAAGAAACAACUAUGAAGUUACAGAUUUUGUUUUCGGCGAUUUUCGUCUCUUUUUCUUGUGGAGCCGUUGUGGAGGAGUUUAAUAUGCUCGAUUUAGAACCAGCAACAUACACUGGAAAGAAAACAACGAGCAAAUAUGGUUUUAUUCCGAUGAUUGAAGAUAAGGAUUUUGGAGUGAAGACCUAUAGUCGCGGACAUGAGGAGCUCUACAUGGCGGACAUUCCAGCCAACUGGGAUUGGAGAAACGUGAAGGGCAUCAACUACGCAAGCACCACUCGUAACCAGCACAUUCCGCAGUACUGUGGCUCCUGUUGGGGUAUGGGAUCCACCAGUGCCCUUGCUGACCGUAUAAACAUCAAACGCAAGGGGGAAUGGCCAAGCGCAUACCUGUCAAUCCAGAAUGUGAUUGAUUGCGGCGGGGCGGGAACUUGUGAGGGUGGGGAUGAUAGAGGCGUGUACCAGUAUGCUCAUGAGAAGGGAAUCCCAGAUGAAACCUGCAACAACUAUCAAGCUAAAGAUCAGAAAUGUGACCCAUUCAACCAGUGUGGCACCUGCACCACAUUCGGCAAGUGUGCGCAGCUGCAGAAGUACAACGUUACCAAAGUUGCGGACUACGGAACUGUUGAAGGUCGAGAUAACAUGAUGAAGGAAAUCUACACAAACGGACCAAUCAGCUGUGGUGUAAUGGCCACUGACCUGUUUGAGCAAUACACAGGCGGAAUCUACUCAGAGUACCACCUGUUUGCUAGCAUCAACCACAUCAUCUCUGUCGCAGGCUGGGGGGUCUCUGAAAAUGGCACCGAGUACUGGAUAGGGCGUAACUCCUGGGGUACUCCUUGGGGUGAGGAUGGCUGGUUCAAGAUUGUCACAAGUAAGGACAUGGAUGGAAAGGGUGGAAAAUAUAACCUUGGGAUUGAGUCACGAUGUGCUUACGGAGACCCGAUUGUUCCAAGCACGCCAUACAAGCCUUAAUCAAAGACAUUCCACUAUGAAGAAAUUAAGUUGUGCAAUUUAUACUCUUGUGAAUAAUAACCCCAUUCUAUUUGUUAGCAGUUCAAUAUAUAAAUUUAUAGAGAUAUUUCAAAUGAAUCAAGUUCUCUUUUAAAACAGUGAGACAGUUUACUGCAGCUAGUUGUAUAAAACUUGGAUAAUUUGUUGUCUGUCAAUAUAAGGCUAGAUUGCAUAUUUCAAUUAUUUGAUUGGUCAAUAUUAAUUUUUGAAUUAAUAUUGGCCAAUCAAUAAACAUUUUGGCUAAUUUAACCAAACCAAAGAAUGAACCAGUUAAUACAACUGGCUGCAGUUGUUGCAAUAUGAUUAGUGGUAUAAUACCAGAAAAGCAUUAUACAGUGUACCAUAAUUUACAAGAUCUUUAUUAUGAUGAAGACCUUCUUACAGUUCAUAAUAUGCAAGUCGUUUAUGAGAUUUGUGUUGAGGUUGUUGGAACAUUUGUUAAAUGCUUUUAUUGAAUAAAUUAUUUUAUAUUGAAAAAAUA